AUGGACGAGAACGAGAGGCCCCGAAAACUUGUCAAGCUGGAUAAUGAGAACCAGGACAAUACUGAAGUACUUGGUCCAGCCAUGACAGGCGCUGGCGAUGUGGCCGGAGAGGAUCCGGAGCCUGCACUCGCGAACGAGCCUCAAGACCUCUCCGAAUUUACGGUCCAACAGGCUGGCACGACUCAAGACACGUCCGUUCCCCCGAGCGCGACAGAAGGCGUGACACCAGCCUUAUCCAAAAAUCAAUUAAAGAAGCUCCGCAAGGCGGAACGGUUCGAAGAAAAGCGCGCAUUCAUGAAAUCGCAGAAGAAGGACAAGCUCAUCGAGAAGAAAGAGCGCCUCCAGAAACAGUUCGACGAUGCACGAGCUACCGGUGGAGAAGAAGCCGUUGAAAAGCUCCGGCAGGAAAUACGAGCUAAAAAGCCCAAGCCCGGCCGAACCACGGUCAUACCUAUAACAUUGGUGAUGGACUGCAGCUACGAUGAGCUUAUGGAGCCGAGAGAGCGAAUCUCCCUGGCCGGGCAGCUCACGCGAACAUACUCAGACAACAACCGCGCGCCCUAUCAUGGACAAAUUAUGUUCUCGUCCUUUGACAGGCUUCUGAAAGAGCGGUUCGAUACCGUAUUAUGGAGUCACAGGAACUGGAAGCAUAUUCGAUUCUUGCAGGAAGACUUCUUGCAUGCGGCUGAUCUGGCCAAGGAAGUCAUGUCCAGCCCGAAGGGAGGCAGGCUGGCUGGACCUUUCGAGGGCCAGCCCGAUGCGAAACCCGAAGAUGGCGAGAUCAUCUAUCUCAGCAGUGACAGUGAGAAUACUUUGACCGAGUUGAAGCCUUACAGCACAUAUAUCGUCGGGGCUCUUGUUGACAAGAACCGACACAAGGCCGUUUGCUACAAGAAUGCAGUCGCAAAGGGCGUCAAGACCGCAAAACUGCCCAUUGGACAAUAUAUCUCACUUGCGCACCGUCCGGUGCUAGCCACCAACCAUGUUGUUGAGAUUAUGCUGAAGUGGUUGGAAGUGCGAGACUGGGGAGAAGCUUUCAUGCAGGUCAUCCCGACUCGCAAGGGCGGCGCUUUGAGGGCGGAAAAGUCUGGGGAUGGGGAGAGUGCUGAAGUCGCUGAAGACGCAGAAUAUGAUGAGGCAGAGGAGGAUCUCAGCGGGGAACAGCUUCAAGCAGAGCAGAUGCAACAACUUGGGGAGAUCAGCGCCUCGGAAGGAAUCGAACAUGGCAAGGAGUAG